AUGGCUCUUUUCUUUUCUCGUUCCGUCGAUACCCAGGAUGCAUUGAACUGGCAGGCAGCUUUCUUGAUUUAUACAUGGCGUUAUGACCUUGGGAGUUUGUUUGGUAGCCCAUCAAUCAAUCAUCUUGCGCAGAGUAUUAUGAAAUACAUUGCUCAAUGGAUAUCUAUUUGUAGGCACAUCCAUGAUUUUGUACAUGGUGAAUUUUCCCCACUAGGGCUUUCCUAUUUCCUAUUUCAGCUGCCGCCGCUUUUACGAGAGCAGGCUCAGUGUCAUCACGUGGUCAGUCCGUGA